GUUGUCGUUGCUGCUGCUGCUCGUCGUUGCUGCGCGCUCUUCAGCGAUCUGUGCUCUCUCCGCUGUUUGCCCGUGUUUCAUCAUCGUUGCAACCUCGUGUUCUGAGCGGUCCUUCAGUCAUCAGCAGCGAUGUGGUCGUCUAUGCACAGGGGCGGGAAGCAGUGCCGUCGGAGGUAAUCGCCCGGCCUCCGCAGCGUGUUCUUCGGCAUCCUUCACCGAAUCCUCUUGCCGCUUGGUAGUUCAGAUUAGUGUAGACGUAGGUGUUACCGCGGGUGGUCUGUCGGUUACUAGAUUCGUCAGGAGAAGGAGAGUAGAAGAAGGGAACGAAGACGGGAGGACACAUUUGACGUAGAUUAGAGUAGAGUUCGCGCUGCUUCAGGUCCUCAGGAAAGAGCUUGAUCCAUCCAGGAGCUCUGUUUAGGGAGAGUCAGGUGGUAAUACCAGACAGAUUGUGCGACUCGGAGCUCUCGCACAUUUCAGCAGCACUUGUCUCUUUUUGUCGGGACAACCCUUCACACUCAGAUUCUUCGUCUUCGUUUCUCCUCCUCGGUCGUAAGGGGCGGAGGAGGAACUUCCUUGUGGGAGGAGAUCACUCACAACACGGUGUCCUGUCCAAUUACAUCAAGGAGUCCGUGGAGAGCCGGUCUGGAGUCCCAUCGGUACCGGUCUGUCACAUCGCAGUGAUAGAGGAUGCACCAUCGCAUCGCACUUGUUGAAUCGGGCCCACAGCUUGGUCAAUGAUACUUAUGUUGCCAUAUUCCUAACGAAUUGCCCGUCAGUAAGAGAGGUUUCAAGUUCCUGCCGAAGAACCUGAAGGCCCUGAGGUGAUAUUUGGAAUCGGCAAAAUGUGGUCUUACUUGCAUCGCGGCAAAGUCAGGAGGGGUAGGAGGUAAUUGUUACAUAUCGGCGGGGGUGGUGUGAGAGAGAAGGAGAGGGAGAGAGAGGGAGAGCGUUCGUGUUAGUUUGUAGAUAGAGAGGUAGAGGUAGAGGUAGAGGUAGAGGGAGAGAGAGAGAGAGAGGGAGACAGAGAGGGAGAGGGAGGUAGAGAGGUAGAGGUAGAGAGAGAGAGGGAGAGAGAGAGAGGGAGAGGGAGGGAGAAUUCAAACAAAUCCUGUAGGUUAGUGUAGAGAUUGAGCGUCCUUGAGUGCGCCCCUGAGAAGACGCAGAGAGUUUGCAAUCCCAUUACUGGGAACUACACAAUCUCUUCUUUUUGGAAAGGCUAUUUGGUAAAUUUCAUCAUUUUUUUGGGGACUCGGGGUCACCUUCCUUAACAUUCUUGCCAUUGGGGGUCAUCCGUCUGUCGUGGUAGCUAGUGCUGCCCGCAGGUCGUAUGGCUGAUUUACUCUCCCUCUCUCUCUCCCUCUCUCUCUAACCUCUUCCUCCCCCCCGCCAUCACCCGAGCCCCCCUCUACCCUGGUGACUUGCGACGCGUCCUGGUAUUUCUUCACCGACGAAGAAGCAGUUACACACAGUAUCUGGGUGGAAUACUUGCUUCCUUCUUGUGCUGCUCAGUUUUUCGAAGAGACAGCACAAGCAGAGAUGAUGUUUAUAAAAGGAAGCUGACGUUGGUCUCAUGCAUUCUGAUCAAAGGCGGGCUGCUGCUGGUUCCGUGUCAACGAUACGCUGUUUGUGGCGGGACACCACCGGGAGAUUGCAUCUCGAACUUUGUCGAAGACGAACGGUGAGUGAGUUUUGCGGUAACACACACUCGAGGAAUACAGGUGUGCACAUUGGGUCAAGCAUUUUUGCUAUGAUGAUCGUUACACCAGGAAGUGUGAGCUACCGUCAAGACAAACACGGAUGGAACGUAUGGAGCCGAGCUUAGAUUGGAGUCCAACUGUCGUUAGAGGUUUCGUUUAUUCUUUCCCCAUCAGUUGAAUUGGCCGCAUAUCGAGUGGUCUAUGCGGAAGAGGUCGCAACAAUUGCAUACGGAAUUGAAGCUGGUCCUUAAGGGAUCGUAGCCCUGUGCUAGUGGGAGAGCCGGGACCCCUUUCCCAGUAGCUCAGGCUGUUAUCCACGGGAACUUUUAUCAUCUGUUCAUCAACCAGUAGUGCCAGCUGGGAGCAGAGCUGUGAAGGGACGUUGUCAAGGUUGUGUUGGUCUCAUUGCCUCAGAUUGGCAAGGAGACGCUGUCGGUAUUGUUGUGUUUCGUAACUCAGCUGUAGGCUGAAGUGAGCCGUCUGGAACGGCUCGAAUUUCAUCUCGAGGCAGUUCUAAAAAAGCAGGGACCAUGGACCACAAUGACGAUCUGGAAUACGGAAACCACCUGGACAUGGUGGAUUUCAUGAACGACGGAGAAGGAGACGGGAUGCAUGACUAUGAACUGUCCGAUGAGGACAUCGACGAGCUCGAGAAGAGGAUGUGGAGGGAUCGGUUAAAACUCAAGCGGAUGAAGGAGAACCAGAAAGCCAAGGAUCUCCGAGAGCGACCGAGACACAAACAGUCUCAAGAGCAGGCUCGUCGGAAGAAGAUGUCCCGCGCUCAGGAUGGCAUUCUCAAGUACAUGUUGAAAAUGAUGGAAGUGUGCAAGGCACAGGGUUUUGUCUACGGAAUCAUACCGGAGAAAGGGAAGCCAGUGAGCGGUGCUUCGGACAACAUCCGAGCAUGGUGGAAGGAGAAGGUGAGAUUUGACAGGAAUGGUCCUCUGGCAAUUGCGAAGUAUCAGGCAGAGCACGGGCUUCCUCCAAAGCCCGAGGGUAAUAUCACUCCAGCUCCUACACCACAUACUUUGCAGGAGCUUCAGGACACGACUCUCGGGUCUUUACUCUCUGCACUUAUGCAGCACUGUGACCCCCCUCAGCGGCGUUAUCCGCUUGAAAAAGGAAUACCACCGCCAUGGUGGCCAUCCGGUGAUGAGGAAUGGUGGCCUCAAGUUGGCUUGCCCAAGGGACAGGGGGCUCCUCCUUAUAAGAAACCUCACGAUCUGAAGAAGGCCUGGAAGGUGGGUGUACUCACUGCCGUAAUCAAGCACAUGUCUCCCGACAUCGGCAAAAUCAGGAAGCUGGUAAGGCAGUCCAAAUGUCUUCAGGACAAAAUGACCGCCAAAGAAAGCGCAACCUGGUUGUCCGUCUUGAACCAAGAGGAGACUCUCGCUCGGCAACAGAAGGGAGUGGUGAGCAGCACCAAUACUCCUGGAAGUGCUGGCCUGGCGAUGAGUAGUGCAAGUGAGUAUGAUGUCGAAGGGUUCGGUGAUUCUCUUUCACCCAGCGACGACCAGGAUGAGCACUCUGAAGAUUACGACCCUUUUUGCGGUAAUAAGCCGUCCAACUAUCCCAACUCCAGUGCCCGGGACAAGGAGAUUUCUGAUGUAGGUCUUGAAAAAUCUUCUGGACGUGGACUGGAUGGAGACAUGGGUGAUGACUGGCGCAAGAAGAGGACCUUCAGGGAGGUCAUAGUACCUGAGCAUGUGGGUUACACUUGUGCUUACGAGAGGUGCCACCACCACGAAUGGCGAGGCGCCUUCACAACCAAGGAGACCCGAAACAUGCACCAGAUGAGCUGCCCGUUUCGGCCUGAAAAUUCCGGAUUUUUUACACAUCCUGGAGUUGGGCACUUUCCGCAGGUUGUCGGAGGGACGGGUCUUGAGCUUGUCGCUGUUGCCCAGGGUCCUUCAGCGUUUGUGGCUGUGGGAGGGCUUGGAACUCAAAACAUAUCUGGGGGGCAGGUUAUGAAUCCGGGACAGCCUCUGCAGGACUUAUUUGCCGGUUUGAAUGGAUUUGAGAUGUCACAGGACAAUCAUAUGGACAUCAGUAACAUGGGAGUUUUGGAUGAAGGUGGAAAUGGUACCGUUGGAAUACACAUUGUGGAGAGUGGGAAAGAGAGAGUUGGACUUGGGCCAGAGGAAAAUCUUGUUUUCGGUCAGAACUUUGACACCGGAAACGAGGUGGCUCACAACUACCAGGUGGGUGAAGAGAACAACAAGACCUUGGAGCAUAACUUUGGACAGCAGGCAGACUUUCCCAACGAUUUUGGGUUGGGACCGUCUCUUGCGGACAUUGGGCUUGACAGUACUGGCAUACUGACAGAUGGAUUAGAGAUAGCGAACGAAGUACCGGAUUUCUGGUACUUCGGAGCUUAGAAGCGAGAAGCUGUUGUGGUCCCUCGGCUCUUAGUCUGGGAGGCAGGUUUGGCUUCGAGCCGAAAUGGAAUGGCUGAAGGACUUAGGGUACUCUGUUCCUGUUACCCUGUUCAGGGUAUCAAGCGAAGACCUGAAGACUUCUCAGGUGGUUGUAUGAUUAUGGAGGCACUUCGACCUUUGAGUGUUUUCUGUACACUAGCAACUCAUUAUUGAUUCAUGUAUCCUAAGCAUAUUGGCAUUUUGAGGGGGAGGGAGUGGUCGUAGUUAACGUGUAGGAAAAUUACUUGUUUUCCCACAUGGAUUUCUUACCCUUCCUCCUUGAAAUACUGUGAGCUCUAAACUCAACCUACGCAGAGUUGUGACAAUGUUUUAUAGAUAGUCUCUAUGUCUAUACUCCCGUGUCAAUUCUAUAUUUUACCUCUAUUAUGUCCCUAUCCCAACUUCAGCAGACGGAAGCUGAAAGUAAUAUCUAGUACCGGUACUUAAUGGCGUUUGGUUUUUGCCUUUGCCCGUCCUCAAUCCGCCCUUUUUCUCAGUCCAGACCUCUGGAAUUGAUCUAUGUUUUCCUAGUUGAACAUAAUCUCUCUAUCUCUUCCUUUCUGUGAAUCAACCGUGUUGUGUCAUAGCCUACUUCUACCGUCGCCUUUCUCCUGUCUUCUGAAUCUUCCUCAGCAGCCAAGUAUCAUACUCAACUUAACUCAGCUCAAUGUUGGAUAUCUAACAGGCUUCAACCAAGGUAUUCCAAGAGAGACUUACCUUAUCUCAAAAUAUCGCUGAGUUUAUAAUUCGGAAUAUAAGUGCAGUUUGAGGUGUGC